AUUGAGAUGUAUCUGCAGAUCCACCACAAAUACAAAAUAUAAAGACCAAUGCGAUUUGGAGUUGGCAAGGCAGUAGAUGCGCAAGCUUCAUCGCGAUCAGACGUAUUUUCCGUGAUCUCUCGGUUGUCUUCGAGGGUUGGCAGUGUCAUUCGGGGUUGAAACGGAUAUUGGGGUAAAAAUCCUGCUAUCGUCCACCCCCGAGGAUGUCGGUGCCUUCUCCCCAAUUUUUCCAUAAAAAAACACGUGCCUCUGACACAAAAAAAAUGAUAAUUUAUCCCCUCAAUCGUCUCUAAUUCAUCGCAAUGCCGAGAAAAAUAGGAUUCAACAUUGUAUACGCGACGAGUGAGGAGGAGAGACACUCGUCAUUGGAGUUGAAUAUUCACGGGCCAACGGUAAGGGGUUGGCAGAGUGCAAGAAAAUGUGGAUAUCCCCAGGAGCUCGUUCUCAGGCUCCAGGUACCGGCUAAACUCACGAGAAUUCAAGUCCUAGCCCAUCAGUAUCUCAUUCCGGAAAAAUUGGAGAUAUGGACAACAGAGGAGGACAAUGCUUCCAUCAAUACCUCAUUCACCUACCUCGGGUACAUAACGCUAUCAGAUAACGAAUCAACGCUGUACAAGAGCAGAGAAUUGAAGAGUGUCGCUCUACCGGAGACAGAGGCCCUCUCCAUAAAACUGAGACUCCACAAGCCGCACCAGAACUCCCACAAUGUCCAGGAGCAAGUGGGUUUGAUAGCUGUGAAUAUAAUCGGAGAGUACCGUGGACACGAGGUCUCAAAUCAGGGUGAUGCCCCGUACAAUCCCCAUUACACGUCCCCGUACGAUGAUCUUGCCUUCGAGAUGUACGUGGAUAGAGAAGUUGCAAAAAUAAUCAGGCAGAUGGAGGCUAAGAAAUUGCAAGCAGCUGAAGAAGAAAGAUUUGAAUAUGCAUCAAAAUUGAAAGUGGCGAUGGAAAUUCUGCGAAAGGCUGGAGAGCGUCUGGGUAAAUACGAAUUGGAAAAAAAGUACGCGAUAGCGUUAGAGGAUUAUGACAAGGCAAAAGCGAAGAAGGCACAAGCCCAGCAGUAUAGACAGCAGGUCUACCAGAGUCUGGAAGUGGAGGAUUUGAUGGAGUUGAAUGGGCCUUUGGAUAAAAACAAUAUAUCGACAGUGGAAGGCAAGGAGGCGACAGCUGGUGAUGCCUGUGGGCCCUCAGUCACAAUUCCCGAGGACAUUCUGUCCCCUCCAAGACUUGUGGUCCCCCCAGGAAGAGAGGGUGCUGUCUCUCCAGCAGCUCCAGUCCACCAGCCGCCAGUAUCUCCUCUCCAUCAGAAACCCCGUACUCCAGAAGUCACAGACAGUCCUCCCAACGGCAUCAUCGAGCGCCAGAAUAACCGAAACACCGGAUCCCUCAGGAGAAAAACUAAAUCCGCUGGUCCAUCUCUCAGAUCUAGCUACGAGGCGUACGAGGAGAGAACAAUUCCCGCCCUCAGGCACUCACACACUAAUGAAUUCACCAGGGAGUGUCACAUGGAUGCUACAGACUCGAAAACUAACUCAAAGCUCAAUGAUAGAGAGAAAAAACAGGCUGCACUGCCUAUCGGUGUUUUUGGAAUGGAAAUGGUGGAGAAAUUCUACUCGAAGCAAUUUACUGACAAGGAGGAGGGCCUCAUGCAGCUCAAGGAGGAACUCAGGAAGUUCGAUCCACUUGUCUCCAAGCACACAGCUAAUAAAACAGCUAGAGCUGCUAUUCUGUUACUCCACAGGGCUCUCAGGGAUAAGGUCUUCAGUGUUUAUAGUCUCGCUGCUCAAUUGAUUAGAAUUUUCUUCUCAGAAUUCGCUACUGACAGGGUAUCAUCAGCAGAAAUAGCUAGAAGUGUUGAUCGUCUGUUGCCCGAACUUCUAACAAAAUCCGGCGAUACGACUCCAAGAAUUCACAACAUGGCAGUUCACACGAUCUUGAGUAUGGCCGAUUGCAAGUGCGUCAGGGAAUUACAUAUCAUUCCAGUCCAUCUGAGUCGACCUGUCAGCAGCAGUACUCAUCAGAGAUUGGCUUUGAGUCGACUGGAGAUGGUGGAACAAUUAAUUCUCAAUCAUGGAAUCUCCACUGAUAAGCAAAGGCAUUGCGAUUGUUGCAGUGGUCUGACAUGUCGUACUUUAUCGGAGCUCGGUUCCUCCGGACUUCACCACCCAGCGGAAGCUGUGAGAAAAGUUUCGGAGCGUAUCCUGGUGCUGGUGUACCGAGUCAAUCCGAGAUUAGUUCGAAAGCAGCUUCCACCAGACGAUGAUAUUACAAGAAGAAAUUUAUUAUAUCGUCAGUUAUUCCAUGAGUUUGAUUUAAUUGAUCUCCAGAGGAAAAAAGAGUUGGAAUCUGUGCCGAAAACAACGGCAACGCCGACUCGAUCAAAAUCUAUCGACACCAGUGGCUCGAAUGCAUCGAAAUCACCGAAGAAUAGUCCGGGAAUUAGCACAGAAAAUUCCACAAGCGUCACGUCACCCUCUGACAGCAGUGGAGAUCACAAGGGUGAUAAACUCUGUAUUUUUUGUCUGUCCAAGGGUCAGGCCUACUCGGAAGAAGGCCUGAACAUCCACUACUGGAGGAGUUGUCCAAUGUUAACUAGAUGUGAAUCAUGCAAACAAGUUGUUGAAGUUUCUUACCUCAAUGCACAUUUGUUGAGUGAAUGUGAUAAGAGAAAUAAUUACGUUAAAUGCGAUACGUGUAAACUAGCGGUGCUAGAGAAAUCCUUCGAGGAACAUUCCAAAGAUGAUAAAUGCACAAAACCGAUUGAAGGAUACGAUCGGUGUCCUCUCUGCUACAUUCUAGUCAAUCAAAACAAAUGGAGAGAGCACCUCAUGGGGGAGAAUCCAUGCACGAACAAUCCUCGAAAUAAAACAACAAAAUCAUGUACAAAAUCUCCAUCUAAGACUCAGAACCUCAGUGGAAAGCUGACAUCACCAACCGGAAGAGAUUACUAGCCCGACAUCGUCCGAUUU